AUGAUUAUAAAAGUUUUUUUUUGGCCAAUCCAAAACACCAAUCAAAGUUUUCAACCAAUUCAAAAUCCCGACCAACAUCAUCAUCUUCCUCAACAGCAACAAAAUUUCAACCAAGAUUAUGAUCAACCGAACUUAGAUCAACAACAAAAAAGUUAUGCUCGGCAAAUUCAACAGCAACGAAUUCAAAAUUACAUCCUUCAAAGUUAUGAACAUUAUAAUCAAAAUAGAAACAACAGAAACCAUAUGAUUACUCCAACUCAAGUUUUAUCACAACAACCACAGAAACAGCGACAAAUACCAUGCGUUAAAGAAAACUCGUCUACGCCAUCACCUACAAUUUACAAUGAUUGCCUAAAUUUAAAUAUUCCUUCGUCCAAUAUUCAUUAUGGCAUCAAUAGUAAUGAUGUUAAUGUCUCUCAUUUAUUAUGUGUUAAAUAUCCCAAAGAUGAAAAAUGGAAACAGAUACUUGAAAAGCUCAAAGAAGAGAACUUGGAGUGUAGAGUUAUUGAAAAAGGACGAUUUGAAGGAGUUUGCAUAUCGUUUGAUAUGUUUUAUAAGCGAUGGGAAAAUUUUUAUAAGUGA